AUGAGCAUAGACGACGACAGUGUUGAAGAAGGGGGAAUGAUAGAGAAAAGCAAUCAUAAUCCUACUCAUGAGGAUUCAUCUUCAUCAAAGGUAAUGAAAUGGGGAUUACUCAUACUAAGCUGCACAUUUAAUCUUGUAGGAUUUACAGUAGGACCUAUACUGAAUAGACUCUAUGGUGUGAUCAUAAUUGGUUGUGUACUGCUUGGUAUAAGAAGGGCAGGUGACCGUCUCCCUGGUGUUACAAAUUCUCAGUACUUGGUGGGUUUCUUUGUAACUUUAGCUUCGGCUGCAACUUUAGGAUUCAUUCUACAAGUUCCUCAAUUGGAUCUAAUGCUUAUCGGAAGAGUGGGGAUUAUAUUUUGUACCUCAUCUCUCUUUGCUGGAGUCAUGAGUACGGUAUUUCUUCCCAUCUCUCAGAUUGCUGCCGUGUUAACGUUUCAUGAUAGUUUUCCAGCAGAAAAAGAGAUGGCCUUGGUUCUAACCCUUUGGGGCUUCACUUCUUACUUCUAUGGCUCCUACAAGACGACCAGAAGACAAAAAUCGGCAACCAUGCGAUAA